GCCUUGAGUGGCCCAGGGCGGGGGACCUGGAAGUUUUAGCCUCCCGGCUCCUGAGGCGGAUUAAGUAGCCCAAGAAACAUUAUAUUCAUGCUCAGGUGGAGAAAAGCAGGGCUAGAAUUGGAACCCAAAGCCCAGAAUGGCAGGAGAGGAUGCGGGGGCUCCACCCGAUCACCUCUGGGUUCACCAAGAGGGUAUCUACCGCGACGAAUACCAGCGCACGUGGGUGGCCGUCGUGGAAGAGGAGACAAGUUUCCUAAGGGCACGAGUCCAGCAAGUUCAGGUUCCCUUAGGUGACGCAGCUAGGCCAAGUCACCUUCUCACCUCCCAGCUACCUCUCAUGUGGCAACUCUACCCUGAGGAGCGCUACAUGGAUAACAACUCUCGCUUGUGGCAGAUCCAGCAUCAUUUAAUGGUCAGGGGAGUACAGGAGCUGUUGCUUAAGCUUUUGCCUGAUGAUUAACCUGGUGCUGGGAUUCUAGGAAGAUGUGCUCCACUGUUCUAUUCAGUACAUGGCAAUCACUUCAUCCAGCACUGCAGUGCACCCACCUGUGGGC